AUGGCGGACGACGACACGGGAUCGCCAUCGCCCUGGGCAGACCUCCAGCUGGAGCUCCUAGCCAUCGUCCUCCGGCGGCUCCCCAGCCUCGCCGACCGCGUCCGCCUGCGCGCCGUCUGCCGUGCGUGGCGCCGCGAGCUGCUGCCCGUCCCGUUCCCGUGGCUGGCGCUCCCCGACGGCACCAGCUUCCUCAGCGUCCCGGACGGCGCGGUCCACCGCUUACCGUUCCCGGCUCUAUUACCGGACGGCGGCGGCGGCGACGGCGGCCUCACGACCUGCCAUGGCUCCGUGGGCAGCUGGCUCUUCCUCGGGGUCGGGCGCUCGAUGUCGCUGGCGAACCCUUUCACCGGCGACGUCGUGCCGCUCCCGGACGUGGCCACCAUCUGCCGCUACGAGGGCAAGGCGAGGGACGACUACCUCCACCCUCCGUCCGCCUUCAAGCUAGUGCAGCUCGCGCCGCCGUCGCCCCUCGGCGCGGCGCCGCCGGCGGACUCCCUCUUCGCCGUGCUGAUGCCGGCGCCCAGCAGGAGGAGCAGCAUGAUCUGCAUCUGCCGGCCGCCGGCGGCCGCCACGGCGUUCGUCAUUCCCGGCGGCGAGCGCGCAUACGACGCCGCCUUCUACGACGGGAAGCUCUACGCGAUCGCGUACAGGCAGCUCUACAUGUUCGACGUCGACACGGCCUGCAAGGGCAAGCCGGCGGUCCCGCCCAUGAGAUGCAUCGCCAACUUCGUGAACACCCGAUGGGGUCCGUUCCACACCACGGUCGGGGACCAGAGGUACUCGUGCAGGUACUGCGGCUACCUCGUCGAGUCCGGCGGCCGGCUGCUCCAAGUCCGGCGGCUGAUCGGGCACCUGUGCUCCGCGCCGCGUGGGCACGGGGUGACGCGUGCCCGGACUCUCUCGUUCGAGGUCUUCGAGGCGGACCUGAGGGCCAGGUUCUGCUUCCCGUGGAGGAGGGUGGCCGCUCUGGGAGGAGGCCAGGCGCUGUUCGUCGGCAAGCACUCCAAGUCCGUGACGGCUUCGGAGUGUGGAGCUCGGGAGGACUGCAUCUACUUCCUGCGUGAGUAUUGCGGGGAGGAGGAGGAUUCGGACCCUCUGGGAGACAGCGGCGUGUUCGACAUGAGGAAUGGGAGGAUCACGCCAUUGCUGCCGGAGGCGGUGGCGGCGCCGCCGCUGGGUGGAAAUCUUGGCAGGGGGCGUCCGGCAUGGUUUUUCCAAAUGGAGCUUAUAAUGUAG